AUGCUGUGGGGCCUCCUGUCUGGCCUAGGAAGGAAAGGAGGAUGCCAGGGUUGGACCUUCAGCUCAUGUCCACCCUAUUCACCUCUGGCUGGAUUAGUAAAUGCCACAGAAUUGGUCAGCCACUGGACAGCGGUCUUUGAAAAGAGAGGCAUUCCUGAGGCCCGGGAAUCCAGCGAGUACAUCGUGGCUCAUGUCCUUGGAGCCAAAACAUUUCAGAGCCUAAAGCCGGCACUUUGGACCCAGCCCCUGGCCCCUCAGCAGGUACAGUGCAUCCAGGAAUUGAGCAGUCAAAGAUUGCACAGGAUGCCAGUGCAGUAUAUCCUUGGGGAGUGGGACUUCCAGGGACUCAAUCUGAAGAUGGCACCCCCAGUGUUCAUCCCGCGGCCAGAGACAGAGGAACUGGUCAGUUGGGUGCUGGAAGUGGAAGCCCAGAGGCUUUGGGCUGCAGAUACCCGAGGUGGCCCCCUCAUCCUGGAGGUGGGCUGUGGAUCAGGAGCCAUCUCCCUCAGCCUGCUGAGCCAGCUCCCCAAGAGCCGAGUCAUUGCUGUGGAUAAGGGAGAGGCUGCCAUCCGCCUGACCCACGAGAAUGCUCAGAGGCUCCAGUUGCAGGACAGGAUUCGGAUAGUCCCGUUUGAUGUGACUUUAGAGAGGAACUGGGCACACCUUCUGUCCUGGGGCCCUGUGGACCUAGUGGUCAGCAAUCCUCCCUACGUAUUUCAACAGGACAUGGAACAAUUGGCUCCUGAAAUCCGCAGCUAUGAAGAUCCAUCAGCCCUGGAUGGUGGGAAGGAGGGCAUGGACAUCAUUGUUCACAUCCUGAACCUGGCACCCCAACUCCUGAAGGACUCUGGAAGUGUCUUCUUGGAAGUGGACCCAAGGCACCCAGAGCUGGUCGACAGUUGGCUCCGGAGUCAGCCUGACCUGCACCUCAGUCUUGUGACUGUGCGCCAGGACUUCUGUGGGAGGUGA